AUGAUGCUCUGCUCAACUAAAUGCAGCGAACUAGUUUUCUUCAUAAAUGGGAAAAGGAUAACAGAAAAGAAUCCCGACCCUGAGGAGAUGCUCCUUGGUUACCUCAGAAGGAAAGUUGGUCUCACAGGGACUAAGUAUGGCUGUGGUGGGGGAGGAUGCGGUGCCUGUACAGCGAUGCUGUCUAAAUAUGAGCCAAUCCUGGACAGAGUACUUCACUACACAGUGAACACUUGCCUGCAGCCCAUAUGUGCCCUGCAUGGCACAUCCGUGGUGACUGUGGAAGGCAUUGGCAGCACCAAGACCAAACUUCACCCUGUGCAGGAACGCAUAGCAAAGGCUCAUGGUUCUCAGUGUGGCUUCUGCACCCCUGGUAUGGUGAUGUCCAUGUACACUCUACUGAGGAACAAGCCCCAGCCCGACAUGGAAGACAUCAGGGAGGCCUUAGGAGGGAACCUUUGUCGUUGCACAGGCUACCGGCCCAUCAUCGAUGGGUUCAAGACAUUCUGUGGCGCCACGGACUGCUGUCAGAAUGGUGAUGGUGAUGACAGCUGUUGUAAGAGUAAUGGCAGCUAUUGCUCUAAUCAAUCCAAAGAUAUGUCUGACGAGCUCUGUGACAUGCGUAACUCGUUACCACUGGACCCGACUCAGGACCUCAUAUUUCCACCUGAACUUCUGUUGAUGAGGAAAAAUCAAGAGAGCAGCCGCUUGUAUUUCAAAGGAGAAAGAGUGAAGUGGAUUUCAGUGGAAGACUUGGAAGAUCUGCUGGAACUGAAGGCGGAAUAUCCUGAUGCCAGACUGGUUGUUGGAAACACCACUGUGGGACCACAGAUGAUGCUGAAAGACGUGCACCACCCAUUGAUUAUCUAUGCUGGAGGCCUGUCAGAGCUGAGCAGAAUUAAGUGGACCGACCAUGGUCUGACUGUAGGUGCGGCAUGCAGUCUCUCCCUGCUGAAGGAGACUCUUGAGGCAGCUGUACGCCGUCUGGAGCCAGAGAAGGCCAGGGUGUACCAGGCCUUAGUGGCCACUCUGCGCUGCCUGGCAGGGAAACAGAUCCGCAACAUGGCCACUCUCGGGGGAAACAUCCUCAGUGCCAAUCCCAAAUAUGAUUUGAACAGCAUCCUGGCGGCAGCAGGAUGCAUUCUCCACGUCAUCUCGAAAGAUGGGAAAAGGGACAUUCCACUGGAUGAAGACUUCUUCACUGGGUUUGGCAAGACGGUUCUAAAGCCCAGUGAGGUCCUUCAUGCUGUUGACAUUCCCAUCAGUAGACCUUGGGAGUUUGUGUGGGCCUACCGCCAGGCGCUGCGGAGGGAGUUUGCCUUCUCUAUUGUCAACGCUGGCAUGAGAGUGACCCUGAGGGAGGGCACCGAUGAGGUGGAGUCCCUGCAAGUGUUUUACGGAGGGGUGGCACCCACGCUGCUCAAGGCCAGACGCACCUGCAAAGAGCUCACCGGACGGCCCUGGAGGGAGGAGCUGCUGGAGGACGCCUGCAGGCUGCUGCAGGAGGAGGUUGACCUGUCCCAGGGAGCCAAUGGGGGGAAAGAGGAGUACCGCAAGACCCUGGUGCUAAGCUUCUUCUUCAAGUUCUACAUGCAGGUCCUACUGGAGCUGAGGGAGAAGCUAGUUACUGAUGCCCAGUCCUCCAAGGACCCAGUUGGACGUCCCAGAAUGCACCAGGCUUCAUUCCAGCAGGCUACGGGAGAAGCGCAGUACUACGAUGACAUACCACCUGUCAGAGGGGAGCUAUUUGUUUCUAUGGUGACCAGCACAAGAGCUCAUGCCAAGAUUCUUUCCAUUGAUGCCUCAGAGGCUGUUGCCAUGCCGGGGGUGGUCACCUUCAUCUCCUCUGGUGACGUCCCUGGUCAGAACCGAAGGCUGUGGUUCAACAAUAUCGAAGAAUUGUUUGCUGAAGAAGAGGUGAUCUGUGUGGGUCAGAUCAUCGGCGCUGUGGUGGCACAGACUAGAGAGCAGGCCAAGAGGGCAGCAGGGAGGGUCAAGGUGACCUAUGAGGACCUGCUCCCACUGUUCUUUACCAUAGAGGAGGCCAUAGAACAUCAGUCCUUCUUCAACCCCAAGAGGAAGCUGGAGAGAGGCGAUGUGGAUAAAGCCUUUGAGGAAGUGGACUGCGUCUUAGAAGGGGAGUUGUACAUGGGGGGUCAGGAGCACUUCUACAUGGAGACCCAGGGGGUGAUCGCUGUUCCCAGGGCUGAGGCGGGGGAGAUGGACCUCUUUGUGGCCAGCCAGCAUGCCGCCUUCACUCAGGAAGUGGUGGGCAUGACCCUCGGUAUUGAUUCCAAUAAGAUCACCUGUCAUGUGAAGAGGCUUGGAGGAGGCUUUGGGGGGAAAGUCAUGAAGAUCGCUGCCCUGUCAGCCAUCACAGCCACUGCUGCACACAAGACUGGUCAAGCAGUUAGAUGUGUUUUAGAUCGUAGUGAUGACAUGCUGAUCACAAGCGGAAGACAUCCGUUCCUGGGGAAGUAUAAGGUUGGCUUCAUGAGGGAUGGGACAGUUCUGGCUGUGGACAUGAUUUACUAUAGCAACGGGGGAUGCACACUGGACGAGUCCUCAUUUAUCAUGGAGAAAGCUCUCCUCCACAUGGACAACGGCUAUGGGAUUCCUCACCUGCGUGGCCGAGGCCUGGUGUGUAAGACCUACCUGCCGUCUUACACCGCCUUCCGGGGCUUCGGGGGUCCCCAGGGCCUGACCAUGAUAGAGAGCGUCCUGCAAGAGGUGGCCACGUGCUGUGGACUGCCUGCGGAGAGGGUUAGGCAGCUGAACAUGUACAGAGACAAGGAGUCCAUCACCCAUCACAAGCAGCUCUUCUCCCCGCGCGACAUGCUGCGCUGCUGGGACCAGUGCCUGGAGAAGGCCCAGUACCACGCCCGGAGGCAGGCCAUCCAGCUAUUCAAUGCCCACAACCACUGGAAGAAGAGGGGCAUCUGCGCUGUGCCACUAAAGUUUGGCAUCGGCUUCUCCAAGGGCUUCUAUAACCAGGGUGCGGCCCUGGUGAACAUCUACAAAGAUGGCUCCGUACUGGUGUCUCACGGAGGGACAGAGAUGGGACAGGGCAUCAACACCAAAGCCAUGCAGAUUGCAAGCCGCAUCUUGAAGGUGCCCAUGUCCCUGAUCCACAUAAAGGAGACCUGCACGGGCAACGUCCCCAAUGCCGCCCCCUCCGCCGCCUCUUUUGGCACUGACGCAGUAGGCAUGGCCGUCAAGGACGCUUGUGAGAAAUUAAUGAAUCGCCUGGAACCAGUGAUGCAAAAACAUCCAAGCUACACCUGGCCUCAGACGGUUGUCGAGGCAUACUGCCAGAAGAUUAGCCUGUCUACCACUGGCUUCUUCAUGGGACCCCACACUAAUGUGGACUGGGAGAGCGGGGAGGGCAACGCCUACUACUACUUCACUUUCGGGGCCUGCUGCUCGGAAGUGGAGAUUGAUUGCCUGACAGGAGACCAUAAAAACAUUAGGACUGAUAUUGUGAUGGAUGUUGGAAUGAGCCUGAACCCGGCUUUGGAUAUCGGACAGAUUGAGGGAGGCUUUGUGCAGGGCGUCGGCCUCUACACCAUCGAGGAGCUCCAGUUCUCUCCUGAGGGGGUGCUGAUGACCCGCGGGCCGUCUCAGUACAAAAUCCCAGCCCUCUGUGACGUCCCUCCCCAGCUCAACGUCCACCUGCUGCCCGACUCUCACAACCCCCACGCAAUCUACUCCUCCAAGGGGAUCGGCGAGCCUCCCGUGUUCUUCGGCUGCACCGUCUUCUUUGCGGUGAAGGAGGCCAUCGCAGCGGCCCGCCGAGAGCGAGGCCUGAGUGACAGCUUCCCUCUGAGCUCGCCCGCCACCGCAGAGAAGAUCCGCAUGGCCUGCGAGGACCAGUUCACUAAGAUGGUAUGA